CCAUUGUUAUUUAUUAUCUCCUCCCGUCCGCAUCGACUAUGGCGCCUCUCAAGUCUUGUUCUCCCUUCAUCGCCUGUUCACUCGUUUAGACUCGCGGCAACGACACAACCGACCUUCGCUACACUUUUUGACUCCAGACCUUCGCUGUGUUUUUGGAAGCCUCCUCAAAUAAGUCACUACUCAACAUACUUACCUAAUUAGUAUAUUCUUUUCUCUCUAAAUACCUAAUCCGCCACCAUGCGUUUCUCUGUCAUCCUCACCGGCGCCUUCGCCGCCGUCGCCAUGGCCCAGUCCACUACUCCCACCACUGCCUCUGCCCCUACCCCCGUGGGCCUGACCCCCCAGCAGUCUUCUGCCCUUGCCUGCCUCGAAAAGUGCAACCCCUCAGACGUCAACUGCAGGGCUGCUUGCAACGGCGUCCCUUUCCCCAACGACGGACAGGUGAACACCACCAACCAGUGCGUUGCCGACUGCUCCAAGCAGUACGGCAACGGCACUGAGGCCGACAACGCCAGGUUCAUCAAGUGCUCGGAUGACUGCAUCAACAAGAACUACUGGAACCCCAGCAGCGGCACCCCCAACCCUACUGGCAACUCGGGCAGCAGCAGCAGCAACGGCAACGGCAACAGCAACGGAAACUCGGGCAGCAAGACCACCGGUGGAUCCAACCCCACCAACACCGGUUCGAGCUCGUCUGCUACGGGCUCCAGCGCUGCUGACGCCCUCCGCAUCGGAUCUUCGAUUGCCGGUGUUGUCGGCUUCAUGGCUGCUCUCCUGGCCAUGUAAGAUAUGACAUGGUUUUGACGUGCAAUGAUGGGUGAAGGGUGGCAUGUGGUCAAUUUAGCGUUGCUUUGAAGGAAAUCUUUGUUGUACCGAAAGGUCAUCGAGCAUUAUCGAGUCCAACGCUCUCACAUACUCAAUACUUAAUGCGACGGUUGUGUCAUAAUACUCUUCUUCCGCGCCACUCCCGCAUGCAGCCUCUCUUGAUAUAUCAAC